CUGAGGGGACUGACCGUUCUUCAUGUUGGAACGCAGCCUGACGGGCCUGGGAGCAGGAAGUGCUAGUAGAGAACAAACUGAGCUAACCAGCUAAUUGUAUUCAGGUAGUUUAGCUCGGCUUUUAACUCGGUAGUCACAAUGGGACUGUUUGGCAGAACACCGGAGAAACCACCAAAAGAUCUGAUUAAUGAAUGGUCUCAGAAAAUCAGGAAGGAAAUGAGAGUGAUUGACAGACAAAUCCGAGAUAUUCAAAGGGAACAAGAAAAAGUUAAAAGAUCCAUCAAAGAUGCUGCUAAAAAGGGCCAGAAGGAUGUGUGUGUGGUCCUCGCAAAGGAGAUGAUUCAGUCGAAACGAGCUGUCACAAAACUUUACGCCUCUAAAGCUCACAUGAACUCUGUGCUGCUCAGCAUGAAGAAUCAGCUCGCUGUACUACGUGUAGCCGGGGCACUGCAGAAGAGCACAGAGGUCAUGAAAGCCAUGCAGAGCCUAGUCAAAGUCCCAGAGAUCCAGGCAACCAUGAGGGAGCUAUCCAAAGAGAUGAUGAAGGCUGGCAUCAUUGAGGAAAUGCUGGAAGACACAUUUGAGAGCAUGGAAGAUGGAGAAGAGAUGGAGGAAGCAGCAGAGGAGGAAGUUGACAAGAUCCUCUUCGAGAUCACAGCAGGUGCCCUGGGCAAAGCGCCAAGCAAAGUUGUGGAUGCAUUGCCUGAAAUGGAGACUGCUGGAGCCACGGCAGCUUCAGAGGAUGAAUCAGAGGAGGACAUUGAAGCGAUGCAGUCAAGACUGGCAGCUCUGAGGAGCUAAGGUGACACUGGUGUGUUGAAGUCACUUUACUCACUUCAUAAAGGACAGAGAGUAUUCUGGUGCAGUGCUGAGCAUCCUCUGUGCUUCAUAUUAUAAUUAUUAUUUCACAUAAUCACUUGGGGUUAACUUUGUGCUUUGACAGUUAAUGUCUUAUAAAAAGUUUUUUUAUAGAACGUUUGGUCAGCCAGAAAAAGAGGUGUUUUUGCUUUUUGACUUUUAUUAUCAGGGGGUAACCCUUGGCAAGUCUUUAUAUCCAAAGUUAAACAGGAGGUUUAAGUGUGUAUAUAAUGUAAGUAUGAAAAGCCUGCUGUGCCUACAGUGCUUCAUCAUAUUCUUCUCCUGUCCUAAAUUAUGGACUGGCGGUGGAGGUACUUGGGUAUUUAUGAUCCAAACAAGUGAUUGAAUGAGCUGUUGAUGGGAGCCACCCUGCACAUAAAUCACACCUAGAUUACUAUUCAGCAGUAGUUCUAAUCUGUCAGAGCAGCAGCAGCUGUUGUUUACUAGUGCUUAGCCUGUAUUAUCUGAAACACUAGAGAGGUGAUGGGUGGAUUUCUCUUUUGAUAGUUAAUUUUCUGUACAGUCAAAAUGUGUCUAUUCUAUAUGUGGUCAUACACGUGGAGUACACUCAUGAGAAAAAUGCACGCAUACUACCCUAACCCAUUCUUUGCAUUAACAUUCUGCUCGUUAAAUGUUUGACUUUGUGUCACAAUUGAGUUCCUUCUCAGCGGUGAAGAAGCAGAGGAAAUUGAAAAGUUGGUUAGUGCAGAACCUAUGUAUCGUGGAAGUAUUGUGUGUAUAAUUUUUCUAUGUGGAUGGGGAGGGGGGGGGUGUAAGGAAAUAAACUUUUAAGAACAAA